UAAGUCAACCUAUUGUAAAAAUGGCCGCAAUAAAGUGGUUUCUUGGACUACUUAUACUCGUUGCUAUAACCCAGCUAGGGUCUUGUAAUAAAAUCAAGAUUCUAUCAGAUUUUACAAUUUUUCAAGACAAGGAAUUCUUUAAAACGACCUUUCCAUGGAUAGCUCAGAAUAUUGGGUCCAAACUCCGCGUAAAGUACUACUUGAAAGACGAAAGAGAUGGAGGAAAACGAAUGUGCGUAUUGGAUAAUUUGAGACGCAAUCUUCUACUUCAAGCUGAUUACAUGAAAUGUGAGGCUAAUGGCGAAAAAGACUGCUUGAAAAACCUACCACUGGAUCAAAGGAAACUCGACAAAUGUAUGCGGAAGAGCCACAAGAAACUAAGAUCUACCGAAAGGCAAUUUAGAAAAUAUAGACCCAGUGAAACGCCAGUAAUAAUAAGAGGACGGUCUCAACAAUCUGUGCUUGAUCCGAAAACAGUGCUGUUUAAUAUUUGUGGGAUGUUUGGAAGAAAUCAACCUGAGGGUUGCAGGAAACCCUCUGAGGCUCCAGUACCGGCUACACCAUCUACAACCGAAUGCACACAACCCUCGACGCAACUUCCCACAGAAUCAUCAACUGAUCCUGGAACUACCGAGAAACCAACCGAGGUAACCACUCAACAGCCAAGUAAGGCCACUACUAUUCAGCCAAGCGAAGCCACAACGGAAGAGCUAAGCCAGACCACUACUGAACAGCUAAGCCAAGCCACUACUGAGCAGUCAAGUCAAACCACCACUCAAAAGUCAAGCCAGACCACCACUGAACAACAAAGUCAGACCUCUAGAGAAGUGCAAAGUCAGUCCACCGCCGAACCACCUAGAGACACCAACACCACACAAGCAAGCGACGCCACUGCCGUACAGCCAAAGGAGACAACUACCAUACUGCCAAGCGAAACCACCAUCAAAGAGUCAAGCCAGACCACCAUCGAACAGCAAAGUCAGUCCACCACUAAACAACCA